GGCAGAUAUAUACGACGUCUGCGUUCAUACUAACACGCAAUUACCCAUUCCAUUUUUAGAGAGAGAGAGAGAGCACAGUAAUUCAGUGAACGAGGAUAGGGAUGGGUUCUCUUCCCUUCCACGUUUUCUCGAUUUAAAUACCAUAUUUUCCGUUUUUAUUCUGACUCCACAAGGAGUUUUGAUCGAAGUUCCAGUUUUUAUUCUCACUGCAGAGGAGUUCUCAUCGGACUUCUCUCUUGAUACUAUACUCAUUCAUCCAGUUUUCGGCGAGGAGUUAUUUAUCGAUUGAAUUGAAUUUGGAGCUGGGCGGAGAUGGGAGGAUGUGUGUCCAGGAAGGUGAGCUCCGACGCAGGUGAGAAGAAGAAGAAGAGUCGGAGGAGAAAGAAAGGUGGUUUACAAAAAAAGGCGACCUCUGGUUUAUAUGAUCGGACAUCUGAUAGAGCUGGCAAGACUUCUCCGCUGGCUCGAUCUAACAACAACCCUGGAAGUGUUGAAGAAGCAUGGUUUGAUUCAGUCACCAUACUCGAAAGCGAGUGCAGCGAUGAAGAAUUUCAGAGUGUAACUGAUGAUGCUCACUCUCUCAAUGGAUCUGAAUCUGAGCAUGUACAUAGGCCUGGGAAUUCAUCUGCUAGCCAUUCAGCUCGUAGCUCUGUCAGUGGCAAUACCAAACCAAACAUUCAUCCACACAGUUCUAUGCAUCCGAAAGAUGCUGAUUUUGCAUUAAGAUCUGAUGAGGUCAAACAACCUGAGGAAAUCUCCCCCUUUACAAAUGAAAGUUGUACCAGCAGAGGUCAUGGCUUGUUGAAUGAUUGUGGAAUCCUUACACAUAACUGUCUUCCUUGCCUUGCUUCUGCUGUUGCUCCUAUUGAGAAGAGAAGAUCAGUUGACUCUAGUCCUCCUCCUAGUGCAAGGAAGAAAGCCGCUUUAAAGCUAUCUUUCAAAUGGAAAGAAGGACAUCAUUCCACUCUGUUAUCAUCCAAGUCACUUCUGCUUAGACCUAUAGCCGGUUCCCAAGUUCCAUUUUGUCCCUUGGGGAAGAAAAUGCCAGACAGUUGGUCUCCAAUUGAACCAGGGACAUUUCGAAUUCGAGGAGAGAACUACUUGAAAGAUAAAAAGAAGGAAUUUGCUUCAAACUCUGCGGCAUAUUACCCUUUUGGAGUUGAUGUGUUCUUGUCUCAAAGAAAAAUAGAUCACAUUGCUAGGCUUGUGGAACUCCCUAUUACUGAACCUUCAGGGAUUCUUCCACAAAUACUUAUUGUGAAUUGUCAGAUACCAUUGUAUCCGGCCUCAAUCUUUCAAAGUGAAACUGAUGGGGAAGGAAUACAUUAUGUUCUAUACUUUAAGCUUUCAGAAAGCUAUUCAAAAGAGCUUCCAUCUCAUUUUCAAGAGAGUAUUAGAAAGCUGAUUGAUGAUGAAGUGGAAAAGGUGAAGGGGUUUCCAAUGGACAGUAUAACACCUUUUCGGGAACGGUUGAAGAUUUUAGGCCGUAUAGCAAAUGUGGACGAUCUGCCGUUGAGUGCAGCAGAGAGGAAGCUCAUGCAUGCAUACAAUGAGAAACCUGUGCUUUCCCGUCCCCAACAUCAGUUUUACACGGGGGAAAAUUAUCUUGAGAUUGAUUUAGAUAUGCACAGAUUCAGUUACAUUUCCCGUAAGGGGUUUGAAGCAUUUAUGGAUAGAUUAAAGCACUUCAAUUUAGAUUUCGGCCUCACAAUUCAGGCAAGUAAAUAAUUGCCAUUGGAAAAUUUAUUUAUUAUGAGAUCUUCUACUUUCAUUCUUUUAUAACAAUCGAUGCAAUGUUUUUUUUGUUAACCAGGGUAACAAACCUGAAGAAUUGCCCGAGAAGAUAUUGUGUUGUGUACGUUUAAAUGAGAUUGAUUACGCGAAUUAUCAGCAACUAGGCUUGAAUCAAGAUCUCUUUGAAUAGGUGCACAAAUUAUGUAAACUCCCGGAAUCAUCAGUGCAUAUAAAAGUUAUUUUUUUUUUGCUGCUAUAAACUUCCUAAUCAUCAACCCAAGCUCCCUCACUUUUUUUUUCAAUCUGCAAAAAGAUUGUUAUGCCAAAAGACAACAGACUUGUGCGAAAAAACGCUUUUCUGAUUGGUGGCAAGCCAGAUGUAUGUUAUGUUCCAAAAGAAGACCAAAACAAUAGGGUCAAAUUACCAUGAGUAAUAUGACAAAGUUCACUAUCAAGUAUCAAC